UUUCCCCUCUCCUCUCUCCGUCAACUGGAAAGAGAAAAACGAAGCGGAGUCUUGAAUUUCUUUCCUUCUUCAGUGAGAAAAAGACAGGAGUAUACAUAUAUACAUGGUUGAUCUAGACAUCCAGAUUCCGACAGCGUUUGACCCGUUUGCAGAGGCCAGAGAUUCGGAUGCGCCUGGAGCGAAGGAGUACAUCCAUAUCAGAAUCCAGCAGAGGAAUGGGAAGAAGAGCCUGACGACGGUGCAGGGGCUGAAGAAGGAGUACAGCUACGAGAGGAUUCUCAAGGAUCUGAAGAAAGAGUUCUGCUGUAACGGGAACGUGGUUCAUGACAAGGAGCAAGGAAAGAUCAUUCAGCUCCAAGGCGACCAGCGCAAGAACGUUUCCCAGUUCUUCGUCCAAAAGGGUAUCUGCAAGAAGGAUCAGAUCAAGAUCCACGGGUUCUAAGAUCAAGACAAGAUCUUGACUGAACCCAUCAUUACAUACACAUAUAUAUAUAUACGCGUAUAUGGAAGAAGAAGAAUAAUGAAACCCGGUUCGAAGUUGUGAUCUUUGGGACGAUUUAGGGAGACAUUCAAGUGUUUGUUUGGUUUGAUCUGUGUGUGUGUCCUUGUUUGGAACUGAUGCAUCAUUGUAUGUUUCAUUUCAGUCUAAAUGAUAAUAAUUUCGAUUACGCUUUUCGUCUUCAAGAUCGUGUAGCUGGUUUUCUGUGCACUGUUGAUUAGAUCUUCAACGAUCUAUACCACCCUUGUAUGUAGGUAUGUGUGUAUGUAUGUUUGUAUGUGAAUGACACGGCAAAGAGCACCUUA